AUGCCAAACCCCAAACCAAUUCUCAUCUCGGGCGGGGGCCUCUCGUCGCUGCUCCUCGGCCAGUCGCUGCUGCGCUCCAAGAUCCCAUUUCAAAUCUUGGAGCGAGACGCCUCUUUUGUUUUCCGCGCGCAGGGAUACAGACUGCGACUGUCUGCCGAGGGCCUUGACGCCGUCGAAUCCGUGCUCGCUCCCGAGCACUGGGAUCUCUUCUGGAGCAAGAGCGGCAAGACGGGCGGCUCUGGCUUCGCCAUCCUCGACGCCAUUACCGGCGAGCCGAUUGACGAGACGCUGACCGUCGGCAGCGGGCUGUCGUCGCGCGGCGGCAAGGUGGUCGGCAUGGCGCGCGGCGACAUGCGCCAGAUAUUCGCCAAGGGCCUGGAGAGCCACAUCCAGUGGAACAAAAAGGUGGCGGGCUACGAGCUGACCGACGGCGGCGUCCACGCCGUCUUCCACGACGGGUCCAGGUCGGACGAGGGCUCUAUGCUUAUUGCCGGAGACGGCAUCUACUCCAAAAUCGCGCAGCAGGUGUCGGGCGGCAAGCUCAAGACAUACGACACGGGCGCGCGCGGCAUCCACGGCCAGGCCCCUACGACGGCAUUCAAGGGGCUCGGCGAGGGCGUGUUUGCGCUGCGCGGGCCCGACGGGGUGAGCAUCAUCACCAACGUCCGGUCGGGCGAGAUGGACGACGCCGGCGUCGAGUUUGGAUGGACCAUGACGGGGCGCCCGGGAACCAUCCAGGCGCCCAACGACGACUACAGCAUCGUCGGCGCCGUGGCCGCCGCCAUCGCCAAGGACCUCACCAGGCAGUGGCACCCGCGGUUCCGCGCGCUCGUGGACGAGAUGCGCGCAGACGAGGCCGCGUUUUGGAAGAUUACCUGCUCCACGCCGUCUGGCGUCCCCGAAUGGCCCAACGUGCCCAGAGUGACCGUCAUUGGCGACGCCGCCCACAGCAUGACGCCCGCCGGCGGGCUCGGCGCCAACACGGCGCUCAGAGACUCGGCGCUGCUCGGCCGCUUGCUGCGUGAGGCCGGUGGCUUCCGGGAAGGACUGACGGCGGCGUACGAGAAGGAGAUGCGCGUGUAUGGGAGCGAAGCGGUGGGUCAGAGCUACGGGUUGGCUAGCAAGCAGUUUGGCGUUCACAUUGAGGAGGGCAAGACCAAGCUGGCGUGGGAAUAG